CAUUUUCCGAAGAUAAAUAUUGAUUUGAAUAAACUUGGGGAUAGUGUAUGCAAUAUAUUUCUGUGUCUAGGUAUAGUGAUUUAUCUGGUGAAUGCAUGUUUUAAAACUUUAAAUGAGACUCUCAGGGCCGUAAGAGAUCCGUUAAAAACAAUCGACUGUAAUAGUGCUCAUUCUUCUUGAAUACUAUUAUUGAUUGGAAUAAAUUUGACGAUAUUGUUGUGUGCGAGCAUACAAUUGACACCUUUAGAUCAGCUACUAUACAGUAGGAUUAAAUAAAUCCACCCUUUUUUCGUUGUGCCCAUUUUGAACGACUCUGCAACGUUCGCAUCAACUUCUAGAUAAAUGGGCGUUCCAAAGUUGUAUCGAUGGAUAUCGGACAGAUACCCAUGCCUCUCCGUGGACGUGAAAGACAUUCAGAUACGGCACCUGACAGCUCAAGGCAUGGUAUUAAUAUCUGCUUAACAGGAGCCUAACUUGCUUUGACGAGGACAAGGGAAAAGAGAACACAGUCGUCUUCUUCAUCGUCUACGUAUUAUUAAACUAAAGAAAAGACGUAUAUCUCAGUGAUGCAGUGAACUAUUUACAUAAUGCUCAUGUUACAAUUGUGUAUAGGCGUAUCUCGAAUACAUUUAAAGAGGCAUCAACAUCACUAAAAGGAAACUAUUAUUAUGAAAAAUUGAAAUCCAUGCGAACCGCAAUUAUUGCUUCCAUAUUUAUUGUAUGUGUUUAAACUCUAAGAGAGCAUUAUUUCCGUUUUGUUUUAAAACAAAACUAGCAAUGCAGUCUGAAAAAUUGGUAUGAAUAGGUGUUAAGGUACAAGAGUGAAACUUCUAGGUUUGCUUGAUUGCUCGUUCAACAAAAUAAAUAUUACAAUAAUUCAUGGAUUUUAAUGUGCGUUUUAAAGCUAUCAUAAUCCCAUUAUUCAUGCUCAUAUAGUGAAGUGUAAGUUAUUUGAACACAAUAUUACACAUGUUUAAAAUUAAUAGUUUCAUGGUUGUUUUAAUUGAACAGUUUCGGUUAGUUUUUUACAUGUCUAUGUUACGAUACAUUAACAAUGCUCAGAAAAAUGUCUAUACCACUGACAGGACUUAUCAGCAGAGGUAAAUGAUCACAAUAACUUAAUUUCAGGAUGAAUUAAAAUUGGUUGAUUAAGAUUGACAUACUGUUUUCAGGUUUAAUGAACAUUGUUGGAUUAUCUUUAUAAACAAAAUUUCAGGAUACAUUAAUGAUAGCGGAAGGUUGAAUUUAGAAAGAUUUGAAAAAUACCUAGCGGAUCUUUCCAAGAUUGACUAUGAUACGUUUUGCGAACGAAUCAAAGAAAGGUGUAACCAGGAUACGUCCAUAGCUAGACAGACUACGAACCAGUUGUCAACGCCGGAGAGCCCUGCUGAUGAAGCUGAUGAGGAUGUCUAUUGAGCGGACGUGGUAGCUCCUGUUCCGAACUUGCAGAUGCGCCGGAUGUGCUGGAGCUACGCUGGACGUAGACAAGAUAAGACUCAGUUUCGCAUCACGCGGCGUAUAUGACUUAGGACUUACGUUCUCGAACGAUUCAAAGAAAGCUGCGACCAGCGAAGAGCAGUCCCAACUUUCCUCAGCAGCCAGAACACUUCAAAAUGACCAGCAGAUGGCGGACAAUUCCGAAGGACGGACCGAGUCAAACUCAGAAUUGAACGAAAUAUAUAACAGACGCACCGAGGGACCUGAUCAGGAUACGUCCAUAGCUAGACAGACUACGAACCAGUUGUCCACGCUGGAGAGCCCUGCUGAUGAAGCUGAUCAGGAGGAGAUUAGUACAGACCUGGAGGAUGACACUUCAGUGAAGAUGAUGAAGAAGAGGGAAAAGUGGAAGAGGAGAAGGAUGAGGGGGAAAUGGUGGCGGCGGUUGGACAAGCUGAAGACGUACGAGUACCCAUUGGAUGGUUAUGAUGUUUAUUACGACGGCUACGACGCCGCCGCCUACGACGACGACGCUUACGACGACGCCGCCGCCUCCUACGACGCCGCCGCCGCCUUCUACGACGAACAAGCCGCCUACGACGACGCCUACGGCUACUACGACGCCUACGCCUACGACGACGCCUACGGCUACGACGACGCCUACGCCUACGACGACGGCCAUGACCACGAUGAUGAUGCUGGUGAAACCUCUCAUGGUGAGAUGUUAGAUGAAUUGAAAUUGAAUGAUGAAUUUCUCCAGCACAAGAAGAAUUACUACAUGACCAAGAUGAAAUAUGAACAUCUCACUGAUAAGGUAAUUCAAGAACUGGCCAAAAGCUAUGUGCGAGGAAUUCAGUGGAUUCUGCUGUAUUACUAUGAAGGGAUGCCGUCUUGGAGUUGGUUCUACCCACACCACUAUGCGCCUUACAUGAGUGAUGUUAAUGAUUUCAAUGACAUGGACUUGACCUUUGACCUUGGAACCCCGUUCCUGCCAUUUGAUCAGCUCAUGGCAGUGCUGGAUACAGCCAGUAAAUAUCUCCUGCCUCAACGAUAUCAGAGAUUAAUGACCGAUGCCUCGUCGUCAGUGAUUGAUUUCUACCCCUCUCAGUGUGAGAGAGAUCUCAAUGAAAAGAAGCAAGAUUGGGAAGCCGUGGUACUGAUGCCUUUCAUUGACGAGAAGCGUCUUCUUGAAGCCAUCAGUUGUGAGUCCCACUUACUGACAGAGGAGAAGUCUCCUAACAAACAUGGUCCCCACUUGCUGUACACUUACUCCGAUAAUGAUGUCAACCAUGUCAGAUUAACUGAGAUCGAGAAGGAUGCUUUUCACCUCGCCUCAAAUACGCUGAAGAAGGGGCUUAUUGAAGGGGCUAAGCUGAACGUAUUCUAUCCUGGCUUCCCAACCUUCCAAUACAUACCUCAUGAGGCUAAAUUCCAAGAGGAAUGUUACAAAAUGAUAAUUUAUAUCCCGGAUAAUCUGUGUAGUAAGGAUAUCGAAAUGGUAGCAGAUGAAUACAUUGGUAAGGAGAUCUACGUAAAUUGGCCCCACCUAUACGAAGCAAAGGUCGUGGCGGUCUGCAAUGAAAAAUAUAGUUACACCAAGGUUGAGGUUGACAACUCAAGUGAAUCAGGAAACACGCGUCCAAGUAUUAAAACGACGCAGCAUGACUACAUAACUGCUGAAAAAUGGAAAAGGGAGAGAAAUUCCAUCGUACAACGAUACGAUAAAAAAUGUCUGGGAGUCAAGGUCAGCAGCAUCACGAUACUACUCAGAGCUUUGCCGAUGACCGGCAUGAAAUACAUACCGGCAUCACAUGGAAGGGUUACCGUAGAGAAGCAGUUCGGGAACCAGCCUGUGACAUUUGCCUUACAAGCAACAGUUAAAUUCUCUGACUUAACAGCGCAUAACUCAAGUUCCUGCCAGUUCACAUCGGUGACGGACUACCUGCCAAAUGGCUGCCAGGUGUUUAUGCUGGACUAUCCUUAUUACGGAUGCCAAGGGGAGGUGAAAGAUCAUGAUCUGGAGAAGCGGCGUGUCCGAAUAGAAUUGUCUGCCAUCACGGAACCCAUCCUCGAUGACAAGUUUACCAACUUGGCGGAUUUUGAACAUAACGGGGACUACUUCCCCGUAAAAGAGCUGGCAAAGAUGAACAAUAUCAGUGAUCGGAAUAUCGGACUGUUCAGUCGACUGACUGGGGAUGUAUUCAUCAUCCCCGGAAACGCAGAGGAAGUUAGUCAACAGCAGAAGACAUGGGUAAAUGUGGGUUUAAACUUGAAGUCGUUAAAAAGCAAGGAGGAAGUACCUGGCCUCACCAAGUUUGACAGCUUCCAGUGGCUCUACUCCAAUGAAUGUGCGAAGAUUUUCAAGGAGUACAAUAACAAGUUCCCAGAAAUGUUUGAGUUGUUAUCCGUGUGUUACGCGAUGGGAUAUGAUAACGUCUACGAGUCGGAUGUAAUACCUCCAAAUUGCUCCAAAAAGCUGAAGGAUGUCGAGGAGUACAUUAAAGGGCUUGCAUGCACAAAUGCUAAAUCACAGAUAGGGGCCAAGAUCGUUCCUAAGGAUGUUAUAUUUUUACUGCAACGGGAGAUUGACAAUAUGAAAAUUAACAGAAAGAUCGAAACGAAGCAAGUGAGACCUGACGUUCUGUAUCGGCCAAUCAUUACUAGUGGAACACUGAUUCCGGACCCCAGCGCCACCUACAAGCUGUUUGACCGGGUGGUUAACACGCGUCAGGAAUUUGCAGUACCGUUCGGACUCCGAGGAACGAUUGUAGGAAUUUAUCCAGAAGAGAUCGAAAUGAACACACUGUUCGAAGUGCUGUCGAAGUGCUGUUUGACGCAGACUUUUCUGGCGGUAUCGCUAUCAGAGGCUACCUAAUGCCACCGUCUGCCCUUCUGAACCUGUCUCAUGGCAAGCGCAAGAAAGGUCACAAAUAAAACAUUAAGUUUGUGAAAAAAGAAAAGAAAGACAAGAAAAAAAGAAAAGACAGAAAAGAAAAGAAAAAGAAAAACAACAGAAUAAUUAUUAAUAAAGAUGAGUUGUAUGUAAGUGGGUAGAACAGCGUACUGGACUUAUGAAGUUUUAAUGCGUUUCCAUUUUUGUUCAAAUAUAUGAAGUGUAUCAUUGUUUAGGGCUAUUUCUUUUUCAAUUUGAAUUUUCAGUUUUAAAUAAUUGAUAAAACAGUUCAUUGUAGGUGUUAUUUUUCUGUCUUUCAUACUGAAUAUGAAAUAUUUCAUUAAUAUAAUUAUGUAAUUCACAGCAUUAUUAACUUCUUGUAUUUUGAAGGUAUUUACCCCUAAACUGACGUUUAAGUAAGAUAGUUUAACAUUUAAUUGUUGUUUCUCUAGAAAUGUUGUCAAUUGAUUUCAUAGAGAUUGAAUAUGUUUACACUCCCAGAAAAGGUGUUCUAUUGUUUCAAUAUGUUCAGUACACAUAUCACAUAGAUUUGUAUUGGAUAGGUUGCACUUAAAAAGAUAUUUAUUUGUAGCUUUGAUUCUCUGGAUGUAUUUAUAUUGAGAUUUUCUUAGUGUGCUAUCAGUAGUUGAUUUAUAUGGCAUGAUAAAUAUUUGAUUCCAAUUUAAUUCUUCUUCUUCAAGAACGUUUUGCCAUUUAGUUUGAGCUUUAGAGAUUUCGGUAGGGUUUUUAAUUUGAAGUGUGUAAACUAUUUUGUUUGUUUUGUUUUGUUUUGCAAUUAUGUUUUCUAUGAAAGUUUUUGAGUACAUGGUGUGUUAUUUGUAUUGGUAACAGCUUUAAUAUGUAUGGGUAUACUUUUGAUCAAUGUGUAGUACGUUAGGAAAUUACUUGUAGGUAGUCCGAAUAUGUAGCAUAAGUUAUUAAAAGAAUAGAAGUCGUUUAUUCUGUAGUCGUACAAUUGAUCAACAUAUUUUAUGUUUCGUUCAAACCAAUGUUUAUAGAAAAAUGUUUUAUUGUUAGUUGUUAUGUCUUUAUUGUUCCAUGAAAUGAUUUUACUGUUUAUUUUGGUUUCUUAAUUUUGAGUAACUUUACACCAUGCCGAAAUAACGUUGGAUAGAAAUAUGUUUUUGGUUGAAAUUUCAUCUAAGAUAUUCUUAUCGAUAUUACAUUUAAAAAGUAAGGAGUCACCAUAUGUUUUUAGAAUUUUCUGGUAGAAUAAUUUCCAUUUACUCGUAUUGGUAUUAUCUAAAUAUCUUUUAACCCAACUUCAUUUGAUUGCAUUCAGGAAUGAAUCUAUGUCUGUUAGUCUAAUUCCUCCAUAUUCUACUGAUUGAAUUAAUUGAGCUUAAUUUUAUCAGGUUUUCCGUCCCAUAUAAAAUUAAAUAUUUCUGAUUUUAUAUCGUCAAUAAUAUCAUUUGGUGGGUUUGGGAAAACUGUUAGUGUAUACAUUAAAUUAAGGAGUGCAAACGUUUUCAGCACAGUGUUUUUUCCUAUGAGUGUAAGUUUACGAUGCUGCCAUGAUUUUAAACAAUUUUUUAAUUUUUGUACUUUUGGCAAUAUAGUUUUUAGAACUGUUUCAUUUUCAUUCUUUGUAAAGGUUAUUCCUAACGUUGUUGCUUCAUUUGAUGUCCAGUUGAAUUUCAUUUCGUUUUUAAGAUGAAUAUUACUUUGUUUAAAUUUACCUACUCGUAGCACAGUGCAUUUACUUUUGUUUAGUUUAAGACCCGAUGCUUUUCCAAAGAGGGUUAGCGAUUCUAUAAGAUUAUUGAAUGAGACAAUGCUGUCAUUUAAAAAAUAAGUUGCAUCAUCAGCAAAUAGGGACUGUUUAAUUUCUUCGUCAGGUUCUAGCGAUAUUCCUUUUAUAUGAUUAUUUGAUUGGAUAUAGUGUGAUAGAUACUCGAUGCAAAUAAUAAAUAGCGAUGAUGAAAGUGGGCAUCUUUGUCUUACCCCUCGUUCUGUGUUAAAACUGUUUGAGAAAAAGCCAUUGUUAAUAAUUAUGCUGUUAAUAUCGGUAUAGAAUAGUUUAACCCAUUUUAUUAGACUUUCACCGAAAUUCAUAUUUUCUAAGCAAGAGAACAUAAACGAAUGGUCUAGUAAAUCGAAAGCCUUUUCGAAGCCCGCAAAGAAAAUGAAGCCAGAAUUGUUUGGUUGGUUGAAAUAGUUUAUGCAUUCUUGUAUCAGACGUACAUUUUCACCAAUGUAACGUCCUUUAAUGAAGCCAGAUUGAGGACUUGAAAUGAUUGAUGGUAAUAUUUUUUAAUUCUGUUUGAUAUACUUUAAGUUGCAAUUUUAUAAUCAUUGUUCAGUAAAGUAAUCGGGCGCCAGUUUGAUAAGGAUUCUAGGUUUUUUCCAGGUUUUGGGAUGAGUGAUAUUAUACCUUGUUUUUGUAGUGUAGUUAAGUUUUCGUUGUUAAAUGAAUAGUUAAGUGAAUUAAUUAAAUGUGUUUUAAUAUCAUUCCAGAAUAUUUUAUAAAAUUCGAUUGUGAUGCCAUCAGAUCCUGGACUUUUGUUAUUUUGCAUUUCUUUUAGUGCUAGUCCACAUUCAUAUUAAUUAAGUAAUCCGUCGCACAAUAGUUUUUCCUCUUGAUUUAAAGCAUGAUGUGUAUUUUUAAAAAGGGUGUUAUUUUCAACGUGUUUUCGUUUAUAGAGGGUUUCGAAAAAUAAACGUUGUUUUUCUAGUAUUUGACUUCUGUUUGUUUUAUCUUCGCCAUUAACUACUAAUUUGUGUACAGUUUUUUGUUCACUUCUACGUUUUUCAAUGUUUGCGAAGUAUUUUGUAUUGUUUUUCCAUUGUUUUCAACAUGCUGUGCACGCGCUCGUAGUAUUAUUCCAUUUAGCUGUGUAUGAUAUACUCCUUCUAAUACUUGUUUGUUUGAUAUUAUUUCAUUUUCAAUGGCGGUUGUCUCAUUUGUGUUUGUUUCAUGCAAUUGUUAUUCAAGUGUUUAAAUGGUUUUGAUGGUUUCAGUUUCAAUGUGUGUUUCUUUUUGUUUAAAUGAUGUGUAUCUAAUUGUUGUGUUACGUAUAUUUCCAUUAAUUUCUUCCCAUAAGGUGUUUGGAUUUGCAUCUUUAUUAUUUUGAACUGUGAUAAAUAUUUCAUGCUCUAUUUGUGUUUGCUAUUGUGUAUCAAAUAAGAUGCUGUUAUUAAUUUUAAAGUAUCCUGGGCCUCUUUUAGGCUGUAUUUUGUGCAGUUUAAGUUCAACUUGCAAAGUAACUCAGAUAUUAAAAAAAUAGUCUAAUCUACAAAAUAUUGUGGGUUUUGUGUUUGAGUGCCAGGUGAAUUUGCUUUCGUUUGGAUUUACUGUACACCAAAUGUCUAUCAUAUUGUAGUUUUCAAUUAUGUUAUUCAAACUGUUUCUAUUUUUAGGAUGAGCAUAAAGGUUUCCCUUCUUUUUAUCUAAUAAUGGGUUCAAGACAGUAUUGAAAUCACCACCGAUUAUAAUAUUUUUUUCUUGGUUAGUAAUAAUAAAGGAUUGUAAUUUUUCGCAAAAUGUGGAAUCAUCUAUGUUAGGACCAUAGACGUAGAUUAAUGUUAUUUGUGUUUCAUGUAUUUUUAUAUCUAUGCUUGCUAGUCUGUCAAUUAUUAGUUCGUUAAAGUUAUCGACUGUGAUCCCUAUAUUAUUUUUUAUCAGAAAGGCAAUGCAUAGUUUAUUAGUCUGUUGGUCACUGAGAUAGAUGUCUCCGUUCCAUUCAUGUUUUAAGGUUUGUGCUAAAGUAUGUGUCAAGUGACUUUCUUGUAAAAGGCAUAUACUAUAUUUUUUCUCGUCUAACCAUUUGAAGAUUUUAAUGCGUUUGUCUUUGUUAUUUUGCCCUUUAACAUUUAAAGUACAUAAUUUAAUCAUUUAAAAAGGUGGAGGGUGAUGUUAAUGAUAAUUUGUGUGUGCUUGUCCAGUAAGUUUCUAUUUUAAAACAUAUCCAGAUGGUUUCUAUUAUAAGACAUAAGAUGUUUACACAUACGAACAAAAAUAGAAAACAAAAAUUAGGGAUACAAAAAUAUGAAUGUUCCAUAGAAAGAAGAAGUAAAAAGAAAUAAUCACAAGAGUGAGAAAAAAACAACAAUUAACGACUGGUCCCCAAUAGAGACAUACAAAAGCGCACUUCCGUACAUAGGAAAUACACAAACUAAUUGAAAUAGUGAUCUGAGAAACAAAAAGUAUAUAUAUAUAUUACACCGUAGUUGUAUGGUAACUUAUAAUAAUAAUAAUAAUAUAACAAUAAGAAUUACUUAUUUGUGUGUGGAGGGUGGUUUGGUGCGUGUGUGUUUGUGUGUGCUGGUGUGUGCGCGCGUGUUGUGCGCACGUGCAAUUCGCGUAAUACGCGUGUUAUGUGCAUGUACGUGUAAAGGAGUAUGCGCGCGACUUCAUUUUCGUGUAUCUAUUAUUUCUUACGCAAGAUGUUUCAUCCGGAUAGAAAAACAUAACCAAUGUUUUGUGUGUGUUAAUUAACCCAUUUAUGCCUAGUGGACUCUCCCAUCCUUCUUAAUUGGAUCAAUUUAUUUCCAAAAUUAGGAAUGUCUAGUAUAUUUAUUUCUAUAUUUAGAAUAUCUCUUACAGAAAUUGCUUUAAGCAAACAGCGCAGACCCUGAUGAUACGCCGCAUCAUGCGGCGUCUCAUCUGGGUCUACGCUGUUUGCCAAGGCCUUUUUUGCUAGACGCUAGGCAUAAAUGGGUUAACACCGUAAUAGCAAUUUCAUUUUAACAUACAUACAUUGUUAAAACUGUCAACGGCUUUAAUAAAUUUUUAUGGGAUUUGCAAUCAACGUUGUACCUAUGUUGUAAUCAUGGUUUAAAUGUAAUAAAUGCCUUCAGUAAUCAAACAAAAGAGUGUAUGUUCAUGUAGCUGUGCUUUUUGUGCAAUUCUGUUUAACUUAUCGAUAUCUUAUAAAUAAGAAAUAUAGCUUACCACAGAUUGCUCAAUGUCUGUGAAAAUGUUUGUUUACAAUUUUGCAGAAAUACAAUCUGAUUCUGAAAUGCUGUUUGUUUUUACCAUCCUUGAAGCGUAAUUAAUUUACUUAUUGUAUUGCAUAUGUUAGUACAGAAACGUACAGAAUUGGUAACAUGUUUUUUUUUUUAGAGUUUUGAUAAAGGUUUUAAGUAUGAAUUAACCUUUCUUUUAUAUAUUGUAUAACUUGAUAUUUUUUAAUGUUAAUGUGUUGUACAGUUUUAGCAUCUGUGUGCAUUUUUUACAUUCGCAAAAUAUUUGGUUUUCGUGUCGUACCCUUCAACACAUUGUGCCAUAGCUCGUAGCAGUAUUCCUUUGAUACUGAUUUUGAUUAGAUUAUUUAAUUUACUGCACACUUGCUCACUUGUUUGCAUUUUUCUAAAUCAUUACUGCUUUGGGCUAGUUGCUGUUAUACAAUCCUGUCAUAUUUAAUUGUGUCAUCUCGAUUAAAAUAUUUCCCAGAAUAAAAUUUUCUUAGCUUCGCGAUUGAUAAGUGUAAUUUCCAAUAAGGACGUUCUUUGACAUCUUUGAUGGUCGUGUUUCCAUAAAUAUGAGUUAUUUAUAAAAAAAAUAUCCUGAACCUCUGCAAUGGGAAUGUAAAUCGAUUAUAAAAUAUACUAUAGAGUGUCCCGAAAUGAAUCCUGGAAAAAUGUUGCAAUACAAAUACCAGUUUUAUUUUUAACGAAUAAUAUACUGUUAAUAAAAGUAUACAAUGAAGGUUGUCAGCGAUGUAUGAUAAGAACCGUCUAAGCAAAUAGAAGCUGGCGGUAUGUUAAAUGCUUGUAUUCCAUUAAGUUAGUUGCGCUUUGAUAGCUUUAGUAAAUAAACGUGUGUAAAAUCUA